UGAACCUGUGAUGUUAGAGGUAUUCUUAUGGUGAGUUAUUAAGAUGCGACAGACAGGUCUUUGGGCUGCGACGGGGAAGUCGAGGCGCGCGUGCAGACAGCGCGCAGGAAGGGAGGGGGCGGUCCUGCCCUGUCCUGUCCCGUCCCGUCCCGUCCUGUCCCUCACAUAAGCGUGCAGUCAGAUCGGAGCUGUUUAAAAGCGCUCGCCGGCAAAUCCUCGUCACCUCAGCACCGUCUUCACUUUCAUCGCAUCGAUAGAGGACAUCUGGAAGAGACUUUUUUUUGUAUGUGUGUGUGUGUGUGUGUGCGGAGCUGUCCAAGGUGCGGAGAAGACUAACGAUGGGAUUUAGGACGAGACACCUGCGGCUGUGCACAUCUCUAACGAGGAGCAGGUAACUGAGCUGUGAUGUAAAUGGAAGGAGUCGUCCUCUGUAUCUAUAGCAUUCCAGCCAGUCGCAAUACAAAAGGACAAUUGUUUACUAAAUUCUUUGAUCUUGUAACGUUUUGUAGGACGUUUUAUUUAUUUAUUUAUUUUUAUAACAAUGUGUUUGAUCCGUCGGGAAGCUCAGUCUGGUUAAUGAUUGACAGCCUCCAGUCCCCGGGAGAGCGCGCAUUGCUGCUAAUUUGAGCUCUCGGUCCGGUCGUGAAAAAAAACAAACAAAAAAAAACAAACAAACCCUGACUCGCGCUGAAAUGCCAGCAGGUGCUUAGUGCCGUUGCGCUCGGAGUCCCGGGGCCGUCCAGAGCGCGCACAUCAAAUGACGCCGGCUCCGCGCUUCGGACUGCUGGCGGCGGCGUGCACCUGCGCCUGGCUGCUGGUGCACGGCUGCGGGCCCGGUCCGGGAUACGGCGGGCGUCCGAGGCCGCGCAGGCUCACACCGCUGUCCUACAAGCAGCACGUGCCCAACGUCUCCGAAAACAACCUGGGUGCGAGCGGCAGGGCCGAAGGAAAGAUAACGCGCCACUCUGAGCGCUUCAACGAGCUGGUGUGCAACUACAACCCUGACAUUGACUUCAAAGACGAGGAGCACACUAAAGCAGACCGGUUCAUGACCAAGCGGUGUAAGGAUUGCCUAAAUAAACUGGCCAUUGCAGUUAUGAACCAAUGGCCGGGUGUUCGGCUAAGAGUGACCGAGGCCUGGGACGAGGAUGAUAAUCAUCCAACUGGCUCUCUGCAUUAUGAGGGCCGUGCUGUGGACAUAACCACCUCAGACAGAGACAUAAAAAAGUAUGGCCUCCUUGCCCAGUUGGCUGUUGAGGCCGGGUUCGACUGGGUAUACUAUGAGUCCAAGUAUCAUGUGCACUGUUCUGUCAAAGCAGAUCAUUCUGUUGCAGUGGAAAAGGGAGGCUGUUUCUCAGCUUCCUCACUUGUGACUCUGGCAGAAGGAGUGCAAAAGCCUAUGUCUCAUCUGCAGCCUGGAGACUCAGUGCUUGCUUUGUCUGAGUCUGGUGGUGUAAUCUUUAGCCGCGUCCUCCUGUUCCUACAUUUGGAUGCUGAGCACAAAUCCACUUUCUUGGUCCUUAGUACAGAAAAUGGACAUAGACUCACAAUCACACCUAAUCACCUCAUCUUCAUGGCUCCCAACCUCAAGUUGUACUACCAUGAGUACUCUGCUAGCUUUGCUAGUCAAGUCACAAGGGGAGUCUAUGUACUAAUUUGUGGAAGGGAUGGCCAUGUGUAUCCCUCCAGAAUUGUUUCUGUCUCACAGGAAGAAAGAAUUGGGGUUUAUGCUCCAUUGACGGAACAUGGCACCCUUUUUGUGGACGGUGUGCUGGCAUCCAGUUAUGCAUCUAUAGACGAUCAUAGGCUGGCACACUGGGCAUUCAGGCCCCUUCGCUUCCUGGUUGGACUGACACAGGUAUUCAGGGAGAUGAAUCCACUUACAGUGAUGAAGCAAGAUCCUGCAGAGGUUAACACAAUCCGUCCAUCUCACCAAAUUCUUUCCAGAGGACAUACGAAUGUAAUAUAUAACAGUUCAGGUGUAGUUCACAAUAAAAUGAACAAAUUGAACAGCAUAUCAUUUAAAACACAUCACUGUCUAGAUGGCACACAGGUAGGGGUUCACUGGUAUGCAAGGCUGCUAUGUGUGAUUGCUCAGAUUUUGUGGAAACCUCCUUUUGUGCCUGAAGAUCCAGGACAUGAGAUAUCAGUAACAUCUUUCUACUAGGGGCAAAAAAUUCUAACAGAAGAAAGGCUACUUACCCCCCCAAAAAAAAACAUAAUGAACUGAUAUGUAAUAUAGUACUAUUAAUUCCCUUUGCUUCAUUUUGUUGUGGCCAUUUAGAGAUCUGAAGUACACUGUAAUGUCUGGUUCAGAGCAAACAUUUUUAUACAUAAGAGGGAAUAUUUCUUAGAAAAAUGCUAUUUUUAUACUUUUGGAUUUAUAAUAUAUACAGUAUAAACCAUUUAAAGUUAUAGUAAUUAAUCUCAUGACUACAUGUCUUUUUUAUCAUUAUCAUUUUUUUUUAUUUACACCUGCCCUUGUGUGUGUAGAUGAACUGUAGGAUGAACAUGUUAAUGUUCAAUGGAUUGUAUUCGCUAAGUCAACUUUUUAAAACUUUAACUGCUGUCUUUUGUUAGUGUCCGGUUGCAAAGAAGUAACUGGCAGGCCAGUUAUAAUAAUAAUAAUAAUAAUAAUAAUAAUAACUCACACUUAACCCUAAAACAGCACAGACUCUAUUGUUCUACUAUAGUACAAAUAUACAAUUAAAACACAAAAGACCUCUUAACCUUGAACAUGAAUUGUUAUGGAAUAUUUUGUUAAAAAAACUGCAAAUGAAAUGGGCAUUUUUGAUGGUUGAUAUAUUUAAAAAGAUAAUAUGGUAAAAUGAUGGAUAUUUUUAAGCAUCUGUCUAAUUUGUCUCUUUAUUUGUCUCCAUUCAUUUCCAGGAUCAUGUUCUGCAUUGUCAACUUUGUAUUUAAAAGACUUAACAAGGGCUAGGUUACCACAAGUUGCAAUUUUUUCUUUUUUCUUUAAAAAUGUUAAUCAUCUUUAAAAUAUUAUUUCUGUUCUUUUGGACACAAACUCAUCCUAAUGAAAAUAUUAGUAGUACUGUAGCCCCGCUUCUCCAGGGUCGAAGGUUUAAUUACCGUGUUGGCUCUGUGUGCGUGGAGUUUGCAUGUUCUCCCUGUGCUUCUUGGGUUUCCACUGGGUACCCCAGUUCUCUCCCUCAGUCCAAAUACAUGCAGAUUAAUUGCCAUUUCAAAAUUGCCCGUAGUAUAUUUGUCGGUGUGUGUGCCCUGUAAUGAAUCGGCAUCCCCCCUCGUGACCUGUGGUUCCUGGGAUAAGCUCUAGGCCCACUGCGACCCUGUACAGGAUGGGUGAUAUAGAAGAAUGAAUGAAUGAAUGAAUGAAUUGAAGAAUUUUGCACCCCCUUGUGGACAAUUUGCACUGUUACAAGGCACCUCAACCUAAUCCCUGCUUAUAACCUGUUAAUGAAAGAUUUAACAUGAUUAUUAAACAUUUUAGAUGUGCUAAUUAUGUAACUGAGCUUGAAGCCUAAAUCAGUGGUUUAUAAGUGUUCAGACAAUCGGUUACAUAAUGUUAAAACUUCACCGAACAGCAAACAGUUUUGUUUUUUUUUUACACUUUUUUAAAAAUAAAAACUUACAAGCACAAUAUAACGCUUAAUUAAAGUCCUAAAUUUUUCUUU